AUGGAACGCCUAAUCCGAUCGACGCUGAAAAUUACCCCGGGCAGGGUCGCCCGCUUCGCCAUCAAUGGCACCGGGCUGUUCUGCGCAUGCGCCCUCGUCUGGGAGAACAUCGUGACCAUACAGCUCAGCGAAGGACCCUCCAUGUACCCGACCUUCAACCCACGCGGCGACUGGCUGCUCAUCUCAAGGAUGAGUCGCAACGGAAAAGGAAUUGAGGUCGGCGAUGUUGUACGCUUCAAUCACCCUACUUUCCUGGGUGUUCAUGGCGCCAAGCGGGUUCUUGGAAUGCCUGGAGAUUUUGUUUGUCGGGAUCAACCUUAUAGCACUGGGGCUGGACAGCAACCGGAUAUGAUUCAGGUCCCCGAGGGUCACGUAUUCUUAGUCGGUGACAACCUUCCCUGGUCAAGAGAUUCGAGACAAUUCGGCCCGGUUCCUUUAGGACUGAUCAAUGGCAAGAUCGUGGCGCGUGUGUGGCCGAAGAUGGAAUGGGUGCGCAACACAAUGCAACCUGCGGAAUUGGAUGAUUAGGCUUUUCAGUAUA